GCGGCGACGAUGGCCAAGAGCCCGUUCACGGGUCGCGACAGCUACGAGCGCCUCGAGCAGCUCCAGGCGCUGUGCAGUAGCGCGGACGUUGACGCGCUCUUGCUCGUCGGUGGCGCCGACAGCCGCUUCUCACGCGGGUGCUCGGCGGCGCUUCAGUACCUCUUCCUCGGCAAGUCGGGCCAGGAGCUGCUGGGCGAGCAAGUGAUUCCGCAGGCCUUCGAGACGCUCGAAGACGUCGUCUUGGUCGUGACGCGCCACUCAGCCGACAUCUUUUACCCGCUUGACAGCGACAGCGCCACGUUCCUCUUGCCGCUCAUCGCGUGCUGGCGCAACCUCACCGAGCACGUCGCGCCCGACGACGUGCCGCAAGACGACCGCGAGCUCAUCAAGAUCCGGUCCUUCCGCGAUAUGGUCGCACCGUACAAGCGGCUCGGCGUGCCCAUGGGGUCGUUCGACAGCAUGGCGAUCGAGCGCUGGCCGCUCGUCCAAGCGUUCGGCUUGGAGAACGACGGGAUCGCAUCGGCCACGGCGGUCGGGUUCUUCACGAUGCAACACGUCGCCGUCGACAUCGAGACGGCGCUUUUUGCGCGCAUGCUACUACUCGACAACUACUACGCUCGACGCCUCGUGCUCGAGGCGACGCCAGCCCUGCGCCUCCACUACGAGAGCGCGCUCACGAAGCUCGACCACGCGUCUCACGCGUCCGAGCGCCACGCCAAGUCCGAGCUCGACUGGGGCGACGACGUCAUUAGCUAUUACGAGUUUGGGACGAUCCGGCACGCGGCGCGCGGCUUGUCGCCGGCCAAGGCCCGCGGUGCGCGCGUGCUCUUUGGGACGCGGACGCUCUUGCCCGAGACGGCGUCCAACGAGACGCUGCCCGACCACGCGGGCGUCGAGGGGUUCAGUGCCACGCACCUGUUGUGGACGGCCGAAGAGCCGCUCUCGGGCCUGCGCGUGGCCCGGACGUACAUGCUCGGCACGGGCCGCGUCGCCGCGCGCGUCAUCGACAAGGACGCGCUCGUGCACCCGUGUUUCGAGAAGCUGGAUCGAUACGACGACAUGCGCGACAAUGGACAGGAUGUCCGCUUCGUCCUGGCGCUCUACGAAGCCGUGCUGCAGGCGCACGCGGAAGCGAUCGAUGCGUUUGUAGUCGAGGCCAAGUCGCAGGCGGCUGUUAGCAGCAGCAGCGUGCGCGCGACCGCACUCACGGCGCUGCGCCGACUCGUGGCGCCAUUGGAAGCAACGUAUGAUUUGCCAGCAGCAUACCUCGAGACGCAUUUCCAAGUCACGCUCGAGUGCUUGGAUGCGUGCGGCGAGCCAGUCACUGAGACGACGGUCGCCAAGUGGAGCCAAUGGUACUUGACAACGUCGCUGUCGCACGUGCCGAGUCAGUGUGCCAAGAUGCAGCCGCUCGGGUCGCUCGUGGUCGGCGACACGCUCCUUCUGCAGAAGCCGACGAGGACGCAUCUGGUCGUGACGCGCGGCUUUGAGUACAUCAAGACGUGGACGCAAGCGGGCAAGGAAGCCGAUUUCGCGAGCCACCUCGAUGACGCGUUGGCGUCCGAGCACAUGCUCGUCGACACGUUGCGUCUUGGCAAGGAGCUCGGCGACGCCAUUCCCAAGGCGCUCCUGCUCGUGCAGUGCCCGCACUUGCCGCUCCUCCGCGGCGUGCUCAAGACAUAUACGAGCGGGCUUGUGUUCCAGAGCGCCAAUUGCAACCCGAUCGUGAUCUCGUUUGCCAACGACGUCGCGUCACUCCAAGUGCUCUCGACGCCGGACGACGCGCUCCUCCUCCUUCUCAUCGAGUUUCGGGACCGCCAGACGAACCCUGUGCGCGCGAGCUUCCCACUCACGCUGCUCGGGUCCAGCAUCGCACUGCCGCUCGUCGCCAACUCGCGCAUGCAAGCGGACGUGAUGCGCCUCUUGGACACGUGGAAAGCAUCGCUUUUGCGACUCGACAUCCCCUUCCACCGUCCCCACGACAACAGCCGUGGGGAGAAGGACGUGCCAACGCACUUUAUGCCGGGUAUUCAGCGCGUCCUCGGGCUCGAUGCCGAUGCGGCGACAAAGCAGCGUCUCUUUCCGCACUGGUACAUUUCGAAAGCGGUCGCGCAAGUCUCGAGCUGGGCCAAGCCCAAGACGACAUCCAAGCUACUGAUUCCCAUCUCGGUCUUCCUUGGCGUCCCCGGUAGCGACGUGCAUGCGCUGUCCAUGGCGCUUGCCGACAUCUCGGGCGCCACGAACGCGUGGCAUCACGUGGUUGUGGACGUGCGGCUGGGCGACCAGCAAUCCCUCGAGCGGACUGCCGUGCAACAAUUGCAUGCGUCGGUUGCCACGGCGGUCGGUGCGAUCGCGGCGCAGUCGUCGUGGGACCUCCGUCCCCGCAUCCUUCUCACCGUCAUCGGGUAUGUGGAUUGCAUGACGGUGGCGGCGGCCAUCAAGAUGCCACCAGCGCACUGGGCGCUUCCGACCAAGCUGAGCACGCUCACGUGCUGUCUCUCGGGCGCAGCGCUUCUCCAGCCAACGACGGCCAACCCGCUCCCGAAGCUCUGGGAUCAGCUCACGGCGGGCUUUGCGACGUACGUCGUGCUGAGCCACACGGCCGAGCUCUCGCGCACGGCGCUCCACCGGCUCCGCACGCGCAUCGACGCGGCCAACCCGUUCGCAGACGUGUUUUGCCCCGCGUACCGCGACCGCCAUUUUCCAAACUGGAUCGCGUCGCCCGAGACGUACUCGGUCGCAUCGACUGCUGGCCACGCGGUGGGCUUUCGCAUUGGCGCCGCCAUCGACCGCGCCCGGUUCCUAGCGUGCGUGCAGCACGGACUGACGCCGCACGCGACGCUCAAGUCGAUCGAGCCCUCGAGUGCGCUCAAGGCGGCGCCGGCAGAGCUCACGGGUCUUCGCUUGGCGCAGUCGUUGGCCAUGCACAAGGUGGCGCAGUCGUUGAAGGCGCAAUCGCCGGCCAUUGCCGCCGAGCAGGUCGCUGCGCUCACAGCGGAUUGCGGCGCCGUGUGGUCGAUCGAGGCGACACUGACAUUUGCGGACGACAGCGCGCACGGGUACCAGUACCUCAACAGCGGUGUCAAGGCGACGCUCAAGCCCACGGCCGCCCCUUCCGCGGCGACGUGCUCGGUUGUCUUUACAGGCGUCCAACUGAAUGCGUCGGCGCUUAAGACGCUGCUGCUGGCGUGCUGCCCGACCAAGUACGAGCCCGUGCGGCCGCUUCAAAGUGGCGUGUCGCUCGUCGAGAAGCGCCAGAUCCAAGCCGACCAUGUGCACGACCCACUUCCGGACGGCUACGUCUUUGAUGGCACGUACUAUUACGACUACUUUGGCGGCCAGUACGAGUUCCACCCGGCCAUCGACAGCUUUGUGCAAGCGUACGUCGCGUCCAAGAAGGACGUGGCGACACGCCAAACCAACGAGCUCGAGCAGGACCGCCGGCGCUUUGAGGAGCUCACGGAACGGAUCGUAUGA